AUGGGAUCAGGAAUGGGAUCAGGGAUGAGGAUGAGGAUGAUGAUGAUGAUCCAGAGGCUCGGGAUCUCACUGGAUCCCAUUCCGGAUCCCCAGCCAGUGACACAGGUGACCUGGCACCCCAAAGGCGAUUACUGGGCCUCGGUGCAGCGCAAUCCCGGCGGGCGCCAGGUGCUGAUCCACCAGAGCAGCCGGCGCCGGAGCCAGGAUCCCUUCCGGAAAAAUCCCGGCCGGAUCCAGUGCGUGCGGUUCCAUCCGCUCCGGCCCUACUUCCUGGUGGCUUCCCAAAGAUCCGUGCGGAUCUACAACCUCCUGCGCCAGGAGCUCACCAAGAAACUGCAGAGCGGCUGCCAGUGGAUCUCCAGCAUGGCCGUGCACCCCGCAGGGGAUAACGUGAUCUGCGGCAGCUACGACAGCAAAUUGCUUUGGUUCGAUCUGGAUCUGUCCACCAGGCCCUACAGGACGCUGAGGUGAGAUCCCCAAUUAUCCCGGC